GACGGCACUGACUGGCAUCACUGCUGGGCACUGACUGGCGGCACUGACUGGCACAACCCCUGGGCACUGACUGGUGGCACUGACUGGCAGCACUGGUGGGUGGCACUGGUGGGUGGCACUGGUGGGUGGGCACUGGUGGGUGGGCACAGGUGGGUGGGCACAGGUGGGUGGCACUGCUGGGCACAGGUGGGUGGGCACAUGUGGGUGGCACUUCUGGGCACAGGUAGAGUGGCACAGGUGGGUGCACUGCUGGGCACAGGUGGGUGUACUGCUGGGCACAGGUGGGUGAUCUGCUGGGCACAGGUGGGC